UCAAUAUGGACGUUUUAACUAAUGUUUUGUUUUAUUGUUCACCAUCAACUAUGGCGGCCUCAUUCAAACAGAAAACUGUUCAGCACAUUUUACAGCAGUAUUUCAAAGAUGAAAAGACCAAGGUGAAUGCUGAUGCAUUGGCUCUUCUCACUGAAGUUAUAUCCAUUUUUGUGGCUGAGGCUGUGGGCAGAACAACUAAACAAGCAAAGAAAGAUGGUGAUGAUGAGUUGACAUUGGAGCAGUUUGAGAAGAUCCUACCACAACUGUUGCUGGAUUUUUAGACACAGUGCCUCUUGGGUUGGCUGCAAGCAGGAUGAGCUAUGUGUUGAAUGCUCUUUUGAGGCACAGAACAUGUCCGUAAUCUCCCAAGGAUCUACCUUCCAUAUGAGUCCCUGGAUAUCUAUUUACCAAAACAGAAAAAAAUAAUAUAUUAAGCUACAGUUUAAACUCACCAUAAGAAAAAAGACAUGUGGUCUCAUUUUGUAAAUAAGUAUAGGUUCUAUCAAUUAAUGAUCGUGCAAUAAACAACUUGUACUUGUACAUAUCCCUCGUUUGUACAUAUCCCUCGUGGCUGUAUUCACUUACAUCUUGAACUAUCAGUUUGAAGUAAAUGAUUUAGUGAAGUCUUUCCAUUAUGACUUGAGUGGAAUAUGGCCAUAUAAUAUAACUGUCAGCCUUAAAAUUAUUAAGUACAACUGGUAUGUGGCAUAAAAUUUGUUUAGAAUCAAAAUUUAAAUGGGAUGUGAUAUUGCAAGACGCACAGUUACAUACUAUGUAAAUACCAACUGGCCUAUGACAUCUAUGGGAUCUUUUUAAUUGAAAAAUAAUUCAAAAGCAGUUGGUUAAAAACCCUAUUUCUUUGAACAAUAUACUGUACUCUCAGAAUUUGUUAAAUUUGAUUAUUCAACAUUUUUUCCCAAAAUUGAGGCUAUCAGUUGGUAAAGAGUCUCAUCAGGAGUCACACAUGUCUAAUUAAUUAUUGACAAAGUGUUUUUGUGUCGCCUGAAAAGACGACAUAUAGGGGUUACUUUUGUCGUCGGCGGCGGCGGCCGCGUCCCAUUUUCGCUUGUCCGGGGUAUACCUCCUAAACUAUUAGUGGUAUCAACUUGAAAUUUCAUAUGUAGAUAGAUCUAAUUGAGGGCAAGUGCAGUGCACAAGAACUGUUACUCUUGCUUCCAUAUUUUUAGAGUUAAUGCCCUUUGUUAUUUUUCAUGCUUAAAGUUUUGUCCGGGGCAUAUCUUGUAGAAUAUAAGAGUUAUCAACUUGAAAUUUCAUAUGUAGAUAGAUCUCAUGGAGGGCAAGUGCAGUGCACAAUUACAGUAACUCUUGCUUUGUUUGUUUUAAAGUAAUUGCCCUUUGUUAAUUUUCAUGCUUAAAGUUUUGUCCGGGGCAUAUCUGGAAGAAUAUAAGAGGUAUCAACUUGAAACUUCAUAGCUAGAUAGAUCUCAUUGAGGGCAAGUGCAGUGCAUAAGAACUGUUACUCUUUCUGCCAUAUUUUUAGAGUUAUUGCCCUUUGUUAAUUUUCUUGCUUAGGUUUUGUCCGUGGCAUAUCUCGUAAACUAUAGGAGGUAUCAACCUGAAACUUAUUCCGUAGGUAUAUCUGAUUGAGGGAAAGUGCAGUGCACAAAAACCGUAACUCUUGCAUCUAAAUGUUUAGAGUUAUUGCCCUUUGUUAAUUUUCAUGCUUAAAGUUUUGUCCGGGGCAUAUCUUGAAGAAUAUAAGAGGUAUCAACUUGAAACUUCAUAGCUAGAUAGAUCUCAUUGAGGGCAAGUGCAGUGCACAAGAACCGUAACUCUUGCUGCCAUAUUUUUAGAGUUAUUGCCCUUUGUUAAUUUUCAUGCUUGGGUUUUGUCCGUGGCAUAUCUCGUAAACUAUAGGAGUUAUCAACCUGAAACUUAUUCCGUAGGUAUAUCUGAUUGAGGGAAAGUGCAGUGCACAAAAACCGUAACUCUUGCAUCAAUAUGUUUAGAGUUAUUGCCCUUUGUUAAUUUUCAAGCUUAAAUUUUGUCCGAGGCAUUUCUCGAAAACUAUAAGAGUUAUCAACUUGAAACUUUAUAGAUAGAUAGAUCUUAUUGAAGGGGAUCGCAGUGCACAAAAACUUUAUCUCUUGCUUCCAUAUUAGAGUUAUUGCCCUUUGUUAAUUUUCAUGUUUAACUACUGUGCACACUUUUUUAGCUCAACAAUUGCUUAAAGAACAUCUCCUCUGAAACUACCUGGCCAAAUUCAAUGAAACUUGACAGGAAUCUUCCUUGGGUGUCCCUCUACAAAAAUACAACAAGGGGCUACGAUUGAUUAACAACAACAACAACAAAAUGGCCGACUUCCUGUUUUGCUUUAACGUCGUUGCCUUCAGUUCAAAUGCCACCUACACUUGAAAGUUAAAUGGCAACAUCAUUGUCUAUAAAUGAAUAAAAUGCCAAUCUAACAGCUAUAAUGUCGACAGUAAAUAAUUCGUCAGGCGACACAUCCGACUCGCGGAGUUCUAGUUGAAUAUUUCACCUUCAUUUUUUAACUUGCAUUGUAACUGUUUUAUAAGGAACCCUGUAGUUUCCACCUCAAAACUAUAUCAAGGGAUUUUAUAUAUGUACCAUUUAUUUGCUAAGGUUGUUUCAAACACAUCUCACUGUUAAUUAUUUGAGGAUUAACAAAGUGCUUGAAUGUUAUAUAUGAUCUCAUGCAUUGUAUACACUGGAGUAACUGGUGGCUUCACUUGAGCCCUUUUGGAUUUUUAUAAAUAUAUUAAAGAUGGACUCUUUUGUUGAUGUAUUAUCUGUUAUGUUUUUAUGAAGUUAUGAUAUUAAAGUCCAAAUACACAAAAUGU